AUGAGUGCCUUUGAAGAGUUGGGAAUUUGCCCCGAAAUUAUCCAAGCAGUCGAGGAGGACGACUGGUUGCUUCCCACUCCGGUGCAGCAAGAGGCCAUUCCUCUUAUCCUUGGUGGAGGCGAUGUAUUGGUGGCGGCUGAAACAGGAAGCGGAAAGACCGGUGCUUUCGGUUUGCCUUGCCUCCAGAUCGUGCACGAGACGUUGCGCGGGAAAUGCAGCACCAGGAAGGCGGCGGCAUCGAAUCUGAAGUGCGAGCUGAACUUGAACGACAAGGACAUGUUCGUGCUCGUGACAGAAGAUGGGCUAGAGUGUAAAAGCGAAGAUGACAAGCGAUGGAACGGGAUUCGUGCAACCAUCGAGGUGAUGCAGGGCUGCUACAUGUUCGAGGUGGAGGUCGUGGAAGGCUUGGUGAGAAUAGGUUGGAGUGCCGGAUUUGCCAAGUUGGAAAUUGGAAUCGAUGACAAAAGUUUCGGCUUCGGCUCGACCGGCAAGAAGAGCUGGAAUCGCAAGUUUGAGGACUAUGGUGAAGCUUUUGAGGAAGGCGACAUCAUCGGCUGCUUGCUUGACCGCGAGAAGCAGACGAUCUCCUUUUGCAAGAACGGGAGAGACCUGGGAGUCGCAUACAAGUUGCCCCCUGACAUGCAGCGGAUAGGCCUCAAGCCCCACAUCUGUGGAAAGGGCUUCAUGGCUGCAGCGAGAUUUGAUGGCCCCAUGGAGUACCCAGUCGAGGGCUACACUCCUGUAGGUGAGAUCGAUCCCACGCAUACUCCUCAGGGAACGUCGCAGGCCAAAGGCAAGCGACCGCCCCUCUGUAUGAUCCUGGAGCCCACAAGGGACCUGGCUGAGCAGACUUACAAAUGCAUGACCACAUUCAACAAAUAUCUGGACAACCCUACGGUCCGAAUCACGUUGUUUGUCGGCGGCAUCGACGAGAAGGAGCAGUUUCGUGCGCUGGAAGAAGGCGUAGACAUCGUCGUUGGAACCUUGCAGAAGCUGAUGGACUACGUCCGCCGGGGCAAGCUGGAUGUCACCCAUCUGAAGUUCCUGGUGCUGGAUGAAGCGGACGAUCUGCAAAAGAAAGAUGAUCGAAAGGAGAUUCCGCGCCUAAACGCGCAGAUCAAGCGUGGCCGGCGAGACCGUGUCCAGACCCUAUUCUUCAGUGCUACACUUCACACACCAGAGGUGGUGCAAAUGAUUGAAGAGAUCACAUCGCGACCCAUUUGGGUGGAUCUCAAGGGCAAGGACUCCGUCCCAGAAACGGUGCAUCACGUAGCGCUCUACAUUGAUCCGUAUCAAGAUCUGCAGUGGAGCGAUGCUGAGAUCGCAGUGCGAGCCAAAGCCCCCAAGGAGCAGCCGGAACCCGACGGCGUGCACACGAAGCCCACCAUGUCGAGGAUCGACAGGAACCAUCCCGACGCGUUGAAGAUGUCAGAGAAGAUCAAGAUGAUGAAGCCAAAGAUGGUGGUCAAGCUUGCUGAUGCUUUCAACAUGUCGCAGUGCCUGGUGUUCUGCCGCACGAAUGUCGAUUGCAACAACCUCGAAGACUACAUGAAUCGACUAGGUGGAACCAAGGCCUGGGGUGGCAAGAUGGAAACGGGCAAGGAAAACCCCUACAGCUGCGUCGUCCUCGCAGGGAUGCGCAAUCAGGAUGAGCGACGAUCCAACCUCGAGUCCUUCAAAGAGGGUGAUGUGCGAUUCCUCAUCUGCACCGACGUCGCAGCGAGAGGCAUUGAUAUCGCAGGGCUUCCCUUCGUGAUCCAGACUACACUUCCCGAUGACAUCGAGAACUACAUCCAUCGAAUCGGCGUCUGCCUUAGCCUGCGACUGUCGACGUGGAUUGUAGGGUGA